UACCCAUAUUGCACAAGCCAUCUUCUUCGCUUCCUUCUCUCUUCACAAAAAUCGCGAAACAGAUCAGUGCCAUUUCCAGCUUGUGUAAAAUCAUGGAUGAGGCUGCAGAGCUAAGGUAUUAUGAAGAGGAGGAUUCACCAGGGAUGAAAACACUGAAAGGUGCAACCUCAGGUCUAGUUGCUGGUACUCUUUGGGGUGCCAUUAUUGCCACUUGGCAUGAUGUACCCCGUGUUGAGAGAAAUGUUGCUCUUCCUGGUUUGAUCCGGACAUUGAAAAUGAUGGGAAACCACGGGCUUACCUUUGCUGCUAUUGGUGGAGUCUAUAUAGGGGUAGAACAGCUGGUGCAGAACUAUAGGGUGAAAAGAGAUUUUAUUAAUGGAGCAGUGGGUGGAUUCGUUGCUGGUGCUUCUGUGCUGGGUUACAAAGGAAGGAGUAUUCCAACUGCUCUCUCUGCUGGAGCUGCACUUGCAGUUACUUCUGGUAUAAUUGAUGGACUAGGCGCGACCACAAGAACUGACAAUGGCAAGGAGUACUAUCCUUACACUACAAAGAAAAGAGUUGUUGCUGAAUGAUUGGUAGUUGGACAGAAUUAAUGUGACUCGGUGAAAGCUCACUAUGAAUGAUGUGACUGCACCUUCUUGUUUUAUUCUGUUCUCUUUUUGCUGUAACCUGAAAGGAUGAUGCAAAUAAGCAUGCUAUGUACUCUAUUUUCUAGCAUCUCAUGUGAUUUUUGAUUGAGUAUGAAUACCUGACCAUAUAUAUUCAUGUGUCAUGUGUUGUUCGAUAUUACAACGCUCUUUGGCUUCUCUAUUUCUGAUUAAGAAAUGUGAUGAUUUACUA